CUUUACUAUGUGUGUAUGUCUCUAAGCCAACCUGAGCCGAGUAGUGCCGGUGGCCGACACUAGAGGCUUGUUCUGCCGGGUUCUUGUUUUGGUUAGCUGGAUGCUAGUCCAUGCUUUCUGCUGCCACCGGUUGUAACGGUGAUGGCUCUCCCAUAAGGCGGGGGAGCGGGACUGUGUUUUCUGAUUUAACACCGAGUGAAGUUCAGUGGCCAUGGCCGGGGUUUUCGACAUCGAUUUGGAUCAACCGGAUGAGAAUGUCUCUGACGACGAAGUUGAGGACGGGGUCCAGCUCGGUGAAUACAUGGACCAGUGCAGUGGAUUUGAAUUUAACAUGGAUGACUGUGAGAAGUUUGAAAUUUCAGAGAACAUCGUGAACAAGGGAACAGAGCAGAUCAGGCCUGAAUGCUUUGAGCUGCUAAAAGUUUUGGGGAAAGGUGGAUAUGGAAAGGUGUUUCAAGUUCGGAAGGUAUCAGGUGCCGCCUCCGGGAAGAUAUUUGCUAUGAAAGUUUUGAAGAAGGCCAUGAUUGUGCGUAAUGCAAAGGACACGGCGCACACUAAAGCUGAGAGGAGCAUUCUGGAGGAGGUAAAGCAUCCUUUCAUCGUGGACCUCAUCUAUGCCUUCCAGACGGGGGGGAAGUUGUACCUUAUCCUGGAGUAUCUGAGCGGAGGGGAGCUGUUUAUGCAACUGGAAAGAGAGGGCAUCUUCAUGGAAGACACAGCAUGUUUCUACCUGGCAGAGAUCUCGAUGGCACUGGGUCACCUGCACCAGAAAGGAAUCAUCUAUAGAGACCUGAAGCCUGAGAACAUCAUGCUCAACAACAACGGACAUGUGAAGUUGACAGACUUUGGUCUUUGCAAAGAGUCCAUCCAUGACGGAACGGUCACCCACACCUUCUGUGGCACUAUCGAAUACAUGGCUCCAGAGAUCCUAAUGAGGAGUGGACAUAACCGAGCAGUGGACUGGUGGAGUUUGGGAGCUCUCAUGUAUGACAUGCUGACAGGAGCACCUCCAUUCACUGGUGAAAACCGAAAGAAGACAAUUGACAAAAUCUUGAAAUGCAAACUCAGCCUUCCACCUUACCUCACACAAGAAGCCAGGGACCUUCUGAAAAAGCUGCUUAAACGAAAUGCCUCGUUGCGACUCGGGGCUGGACCAGGAGAUGCUGCUGAGGUCCAGGCCCACCCAUUCUUCCGGCAUACAAAUUGGGAUGACCUCUUCGCUCGCAAAGUAGAGCCUCCAUUUAAACCAUACCUGCAAUCGGCUGAUGACGUGAGCCAGUUUGACUCCAAGUUCACCAGCCAGACUCCAGUCGACAGCCCCGACGACUCCACGCUCAGCGAGAGUGCCAAUCAAGUCUUCCUGGGUUUCACAUAUGUAGCUCCAUCUGUGCUUGAAAACGUCAAAGAGAAGUUCUCUUUCGAGCCAAAGGUGCGCUCACCACGGAAGUUCCCGGGAAGCCCAAGAACACCUGUGAGUCCGUUGAAGUUUGUCGGAGGGGAAUGCUGGCUGAGGGGACCUACGCUGACCAGCAGCACUGGGGGGCAACCCAUGGAGGUGUCCACAGUGGAGCAGAUGGACACGAGCAGCAGCGGCGCCUCUGAGGCCUCUGCACCACUUCCCAUCAGGCACCCUUCGGGCAUCAAUGCAGGGUCCUACAAAAAGCAGACCUACCCCAUGAACUGCAAGCGGCCCGCUCAUCUACGAAUGAAGCUAUGACGCUCGGCUCACCUACGAACAUUAGAACUCUUCCAAUUCCUCAUCCUGUUCCCUUUUGUUGUUUCUUUUCAAAGACUUGUAGAUUUCAUUUAAUUUUUUUAUUGACUGACACUGUCGGUGCAGAUCACCAGCUCUUCCCAGCAGCGCCUUCCCAUCCCUCCUGACUCAGCCCGGCCUCCUCAGCCUGAUGCAGAUAAUCAGCAGUAGAAGUACCGUAGAUAUGUAGUCACUAGUAAGUGACUGGCUUGUUGGCUGGCUAAGGCCUGCUGACGAGUGGGCUGAGGCGGUUUCAGUAUCGUAUGAUUUACUGGUGCUCUUUUAUGCUCAAAUCUGGACGUUAGUUUUUAGUGUUAACGACUAGUUGCCUCCAUCACGGUGAGAGAAUUUGGUUACAAAGGGCAUUUAUUUGUCCUUCAACAUGCCCGGCUUUGUUUUUGUUUGACGGCCAUCUUGUGAUAAGAACUUGCAGGUUGCACUGUCAGGUAGAAUUAUUGAACAAUACCACAAUGAACACAGUAUUCCUUUUAUGUUUGAGGAAGACAUUGCCUUUGCCACUGUAACGAGUGGUUAGGAGUACGUGAAGCAUGAAAAAGCAGCCAUAAAAAGAUAGAGGUGAACGCCGUGGACAUAGACUAUAGGGGGAUAAACCUAGACUUAAAUGAGUGGACCAUCUCCCAAUUCCUGUUUUGAGAUGUAUGGCCUAUUUGUGUGAUGUGAAGCUGCUAUAAGAGCCUCUGGAGUCAAGCCAUCCGAAACCUCUUGCCCUAAAACUGACCACGCUGUCGGAUGCAGAUUCCUAUGAGGCUAACUGAACGUUAGCUUCAGUUUGAAUGGCUCCCUGAUGUUUCUGGUUAUCUUAAUACUUAGUGUUUAAUGAAUUGACCAAAAUCACUGUUUCAAUGAACCAAAUUAGUUUUGCUGGUAAACAAACAAACCCUGGACAAGGAUGUUUUUGUAAGAACGGCAAGGUUCAAAGGUGUUCAUAGCGUCUUAUUUGAUCAAACUGACUUUGUUUUCCACAUUGAUGCUCAAAGAGGCAGUUUAAUGUGUUCCUUUAAGUUACUUUGCACAUUUGUAACCAAGUGAAGCUAGCUUAGAUCACGGUUCUAAUAUGGAUCAGUGCCGGGCUUCUUCUACCAUUCCGGUACAACAAUUGUGUUUUAAGACCAGUCACUCCACUCACUUUCUUUGUUACAAUAUUUAUUUAAAGUGCCAUUGUGUUUCCCCUGCAUUGUUGACACUAUGCAAACUAUGUAUUUAUUAUGUAGUAUUAUUUAGAUAAGGCAGCAGAAUGUGUGAUCAUUUGAUUUGGCAUUCUUGUAAGAGACUUAUUUUGUCAUAAUAAGCAUGUACAGUUUAAUUUUGUUUCCACAAAACAUGUCUUAGAACUUUCUUUGAUGCCUUUUUUAUUAUUAUUAUUCCAAAAUUGAGGACAGUGACUUAAACGUCUUACAGUAUUGAUUGUGUGGCAUAACAUAUUGAAUGGGGAUUUACGAAAA